AUGGGUACAUUUGAGAAUUCAGUUUUACAGUGCUUGGAUUCCUUGCAGAAAAACAGAAUCAUCCAUUGCGACCUCAAACCAGAGAACAUUCUGUUAAAAGAAUUUGGCAAAACUGACAUCAAGGUGACAGACUUUGGAUCAAGCUGCUAUGAUCAUCAGCGCAAUGGGAAAUACAUCCAGACUAUGCAGUGGCGUGAACAUUCAUGGGCCCCG